CCCUCCACGCCUUUAGGGGGCGACAUAGGUUCGGUUUACGUAACUUUAGGAGCGCGGUGUAAACAUGGCGGCGUCGUUGGUGAGGUUUGUCCGUGGAGGUCUUGGGCGAAGUUUUAAUGUUGCCCGGGCUUCGUGUCUCCUGCAGCAGCAACAGAUCAGAGCGCAGAGCUCCACCACUGAGACUCGCCCCACAGUCAGACCCAAGGAUGCUGUCACCCACAACCAGCUGGCAGCAUUUGGAGAGUAUGUGGCGGAAAUCAUGCCAAAAUACAUCCAGCAGGUGCAGGUGACAUGUUAUAAUGAGCUGGAGGUGAUGAUUCAUCCUGACGGUGUGAUCCCAGUGCUGACCUUUCUGAGAGACCACACCAACGCUCAGUUCAGGAACAUGAUCGACCUCACCGCUGUGGACAUCCCCUCACGGCAGAUCCGCUUUGAGAUUGUGUACAACUUGCUGUCAUUGCGUUACAACUCCCGUAUUCGUGUCAAGACGUACACAGAUGAGUUGACGCCAGUGGACUCUGCAGUGUCCGUCCACAAGGCCGCCAACUGGUACGAGAGGGAGGUGUGGGACAUGUUUGGGGUGUUCUUUGCCAACCACCCUGACCUCAGGCGCAUCCUGACAGACUACGGCUUUGAGGGUCACCCCUUCAGAAAGGACUUCCCUCUAUCAGGAUACGUAGAGGUGCGUUAUGAUGAUGAGCUGAAGCGGGUGGUGGCUGAGCCCGUUGAGCUGGCACAGGAGUUCAGGAAGUUCGACCUGAACACACCCUGGGAGGUGUUCCCAGCGUACCGAGAUCCCAAGGAGGCUGCGCCAAAACUGGAGGCAGGAGACUCAGCCCCAGAGAAUAAGUGACGUCACUCAGUUCAAACCUAGUACACUUUCACCUACAUGUUGUUUGCGUCCUGCCAGACAGCCCAAUCUGAAAUAUUUAUGUAAAUAAAAGCUAAUAAUAAAACCAACGCUGGACCUUU